AUGGCCGACAAUGGUGAAUCAAGGCCACAUGGGCCAGGCGCGUCCCCCGGACGGCCAAGAGCGCCAACCAUCAAUAUUAACACGGCCCUUGACCAAGGUGACGGCAACGUUGUCGAGAUGCCACGAGAGCUUACGGAAUCGCACGCUACUUCCCUGCCUAUUUCCUCUCAGGAUGACGCAGUGAGCCCAUCUACAAGUGUUGGCCAGCAGCCAUUGGGCUUCAACAGUCAGCAACGCUCCGAAGUCCAACCAGAAGCUUCCUUCGAGAGCCGCGAGAGCAGGCCUACUAGUCCUCACAAUGUCUCGAGUCCCGUACUGUCGCGGACGCACGAUGCAGGGGCGGGCUUCUUGUCCGUACCCAACCACUUACGGUCAAGGCAGAACUCCGUGGAUUCGGAUGAUGCCGCCCGAUCAGUGACUUCGCACGGUGAUACGACGGUAGUCGCCUCGAGUUGUACCCAAACCGACAAAUUAAAGGCCUCUGGCAACGAAAAGAUUAUGAAGGACACAAGAGCCCUGAAUCCCGACGCUGGAACCGAGAACGAUUUCAAGGUGGACAAGAAUCCAUUCGCUUUUACCCCCGGCCAAUUGAACAAGAUGUUCAAUCCCAAGAGCCUGCCUGCCUUUUUCGCCCUCGGCGGCCUGCGGGGCCUCGAAAAAGGUCUCAGAUCAAAUCGUAGAUCUGGUUUGAACACGGAGGAGACUUUUUUGGACGGCGAGGUUACCUUCGACCAAGCCACGGCGGACAACGACAAGAAGAUCACCGAAGGCGUCACCACAACCACCGCCGCAGUCUCGAGGGCGCCUACCGACAAAUCUCGCGGAAGCGAACCCUUUGCUGACCGAUAUCGUGUUUUUCGAGACAACCGUCUGCCAGUGAAGAAGGGAAAGAGUUUGCUGCAGCUGAUGUGGAUUACCUAUAACGACAAAGUUCUCAUUCUGCUGUCCAUCGCCGCCGUCAUUAGUCUUGGCGUUGGUCUCUAUCAGACCUUCGGACAGAGCCACGAAACUGAGCCAGCUGUUGAAUGGGUCGAAGGUGUGGCUAUUAUCGUUGCCAUUGCCAUUGUUGUCAUCGUCGGAUCUCUCAAUGAUUAUUCCAAAGAACGCCAAUUCGCCAGAUUGAACAAGAAGAAGCAAGAUCGCAACGUUAAAGUGGUUCGCUCCGGCCAGAUGACUGAAAUCUCGGUUUUUGAUAUCAUGGUUGGUGAUGUGGUCCAUCUUGAACCUGGUGACUUGGUUCCUGUCGAUGGUGUUCUCAUUGAAGGCUUCAAUGUGAAGUGCGAUGAGUCUCAGACCACUGGCGAGUCUGACAUUAUCAGAAAGCGACCAGCCGACGAAGUCUAUUCUGCAAUAGAAAAUCACGAAAGCUUGAAAAAGAUGGAUCCCUUCAUACAAUCUGGUGCCCGCAUUAUGGAAGGUGUCGGCACAUACAUGGCCACCUCAACUGGCAUCUACUCCUCAUACGGACGUACCCUCAUGGCGUUGAAUGAGGACCCCGAGAUGACCCCUCUCCAGGCCAAGCUCAACGUCAUCGCUACCUAUAUUGCAAAACUUGGUGGCGCUGCCGGUCUCUUGCUGUUCCUCGUUCUCUUCAUCGAGUUCCUCGUUCGUCUGCCGAAGCUUCCCGAAGGGGUUACGCCUGCCCAAAAGGGCCAGAACUUCCUCGAGAUUUUUAUUGUCGUCGUCACCAUUAUUGUCGUCGCUGUGCCAGAGGGACUACCCCUUGCUGUUACCUUGGCGUUGGCCUUUGCUACAACUCGUAUGUUGAAAGAUGCCAAUUUGGUAAGGCACCUCAAGGCUUGCGAAGUCAUGGGCAACGCGACAACCAUCUGCUCCGACAAAACGGGUACCUUGACACAGAACAAGAUGCAGGUCGUGGCUGGCACUGUUGGCAAGUCGCACCGGUUUGGCUUGGCGCGCCCCGGCUCUCGAGAUAGUUCCGACGAAGGCGAUGAUGCGGACGCCGAAUCUGAGGUUUCUGCUACCGAGCUCAUCUCGAUGCUAAGUGCGCCGGUCAAGGAUCUUCUUCUCAAGUCAAUUGCCCUGAACUCUACCGCCUUUGAAGGUGAAGUAGAUGGUGAGCACACCUUUAUUGGUUCCAAAACCGAGACGGCUCUUCUUCUCCUAGCAAAAGCCCAUCUUGGUAUGGGUCCAGUAAGUCGAGAGCGCGACAAUGCCACGACUCUACAGAUGAUCCCCUUUGAUUCUGGGCGCAAGUGCAUGGGCAUUGUUGUGAAACUGCCUACAGGUGGUGCUAGGCUCUAUGUGAAGGGCGCGUCGGAAAUUUUACUCGCAAAAUGCACCCGGAUGCUGAGCGACCCCUCUGUUGACGAUUCUGUCACAACCCUUACAGCAAAGGAUGCAAAGGCUAUCACGGAGCUCAUUGAGACAUAUGCUUCUCGGUCCCUCAGAACCAUUGGUAUUUGCUUCAGAGACUUUGAGGUAUGGCCACCCAAGUCUGCUCGUCGCGGCGAAGGCGGUGGGAGCGAUGUCGAAUUCAACGACCUCUUCCAAGACAUGUCUUUCAUCGGCAUGGUCGGCAUUCAAGAUCCCCUCCGUGAUGGUGUCUUUGAGUCCGUAAAGCUUUGCCAGAAGGCCGGCGUCGUCGUCCGCAUGGUCACUGGUGAUAACAAACUCACAGCCCAAGCCAUCGCCAAAGAGUGUGGAAUUCUUCAGCCUGACAGUAUCGUCAUGGAGGGUCCCGACUUCCGCAAUCUCAGCAAGAGGGAACAGGAAAAGAUUAUUCCUCGGCUCCACGUUUUGGCUCGUUCUAGCCCCGAAGACAAGCGGGUUCUUGUGAAGCGACUCAAGGACAAGGGUGAAACUGUCGCCGUGACAGGUGACGGCACAAACGACGCCCCCGCACUCAAGAUGGCCGAUGUAGGAUUUUCUAUGGGCAUCGCCGGUACCGAAGUCGCCAAAGAAGCUUCUGCUAUUAUUCUCAUGGACGACAACUUCGCCAGCAUCGUCAAGGCCCUCAAGUGGGGUCGGGCCGUCAACGAUGCCGUCAAGCGAUUCCUCCAGUUUCAACUCACUGUCAACAUCACUGCUGUUGUGUUGACAUUUGUCACUGCCGUUUCCAGUGAGUCGGAGAAGUCUGUCUUGACUGCUGUGCAGCUGCUGUGGGUGAACUUGAUCAUGGAUACACUCGCAGCGCUAGCCCUCGCUACGGAUCCCCCGCAAGACAGUGUCCUUGAGAGGAAACCUGAGCCUAAAGGCUCAUCGAUUAUCUCUGUCACAAUGUGGAAGAUGAUCAUUGGCCAGGCACUGUACCAACUCGCCAUCACAUUCCUGCUAUACUAUGGAAGCCCCAAGGGAAUCUUACCUCUCCCAGGUCCAGAUGACAUUCCUGAACCUGCCCAAAUCAAUACGCUGGUGUUUAACACAUUUGUGUGGAUGCAGAUUUUCAACCAGUGGAACAACCGACGAUUGGACAAUAAGUUCAAUAUCUUUGAGGGUCUCAGCAGGAACUGGUUCUUUAUAGGCAUCAGCGUCAUCAUGUGUGCUGGACAGGUGCUCAUUAUAUUCUUUGGCGGUGCUGCUUUCCAUAUUGCCAACCCACCGGAUGACAACGCGAUUUGGGGCACGCUCUGGGCCAUCGCAAUUGUUCUUGGAUUCAUCUCGAUACCUGUCGGCGUCAUUAUUCGACUGGUUCCCGACUGGAUGAUUGUGGCGUUGGUGCCAAAGUUCAUGACGAAGAGGUCGCGCAGCGUCCCCGGGUUGACCAUCUCAGACGAAGAGAUGAAGAUGUAUCCAGAGCCACUUGCGGAGUUGCGAGACGAACUCAACUUCCUCAGACGAGUAAAGGGAGGCCGGCUGAACAACUUGAAAUUUGCCAUUCAGCAUCCCAAGGAAACCAUUUUGCAGCGAUCACGGAGCCCAUCGCACUCGAGGUCGAAUUCGAUGCAUGGACCGCACACGCCUACAGGAGAGGACAGUUUCGUCGGAUCGGCUUUCCCGACACCCAACUCCCGGGCUAGGUCGGGAUCAAACCGAUCCCGUUCUAACUCGGCAGUGCGCGCUCCUGCUCUCAUGGUAGGCCUCAUUGGAGCCGGUGUUGGAGGUGUGUGGCCACCGAGGGAUCGAGCAUCUGCGGAGGAAUUACAAGAGGGCUUGAAUGACAGUAACAACUCGGAAGGAAUGGCAACUGGAUAA